AUGACUGAUAUUACCAACUUUGUUGCCGCAUUUACUAAAGCCGAGCAAAUUUACUUGGAUAAAUUAGACAUUUUAAAUUCGAAAUUGUCUCCGCUUUGGGUAGAAGAAAAAUCGGGUGCAACCGACUUUACUGACUUACUGAAACAAAUACAAGCUAUUGUAUCUGUUGAUAAACCAUUUUAUGAAAAAUUAAUUUUAAUAAAUGAUUCUCAAAUCGAACUUGAGGAUCUUCUUAUGCAAUGGAUCAAAGACAUUAAAUUGCCUUAUGAAAGUUACGUCAAGUGCUUUAUUAGCAAUUUGAAUCAACGUCAAGAUAUUAUCUGUACAUUGUCAGUUCAACAAUUUUUAACUGAUACAAACAAAACUAGCAAAAGUGUCACGCUUGAAAGUUUGUGCUAUGCUCCUUUACAACAGAUAAAAACAUACAAAUCCCUUCUCAACAAAACCAACGCUAUCAAUCAAUCAACUUUAUUACAUCUUCAUCAAUCAUUAGAUACUCUCAUGAACAAAAUCUCAUUGUUACCAAAACUUGAUCUGGCUGCAUUACAUACUCACAUUGAUUGUACACAAGUAAUUGACUUUAUCAGCGGAAGCCCUAUCCAAAACUAUCAGUUACCUGCCCUCUCCAAGGCCUUACUUUGUGAUACAUUCAGCUGUACAGAAAUUGAAAAACGUGUACAACUUGUUUUGAGCGAUAACAAGCUCAUUUUUUGUACCAUCGAUGGCCAUAAAAAAUACAGCUUGUUGUACACUCCCAUUGCUAUAGAACACAUCUUAAUUCGAACCAUACAAAAUGAUCGUGAACUCAUAGGGGAGUAUGAAUUUCAGCUGUGGAUAAAUAAGCAAAGAAUAUUUACUAUCAAAGCAAACUCAAAAGAGACUCGCAACAUGUGGCUUGGUUUGGAUAUAAAUAGCAGCUUGACUAAAGACAAUUCAGCUUUAUCAAAUUGGAUGUCUCUUACCGAUACUGUUGCAAAAUAUGACAUCAACCCAGCCAGUAAACAACCCAAGACGAGUACCUCUCCAAAGCCAAUAAUUCAGACAGCCAAUAUCUUUACUUUCUAUACUGAUCAAUCUGGAGAAGUAUCACCUUUGGUUUCUUCAGACGAAGAAUCAGAAGAUGAAGAUAAUGCCAAAGAAAUUACAGAUGACAUUAAAUCUCAUAAGAAUCUACCAAUCUUGCCUUCUUCCCCUCUUUCUUCUUCAACCGAUAUGGAUAUUGAACAAAAAUCUUUACCACCUACUCCAGAAAUUACAACGAUACCUGCUACAUCAACAAGACCACCCAUUGUUUCUGGUACACAAUCUCUUCCAACUCGCAAGCACUCAUUAAGCAAUCCUCCUGUUCCUUCAUCUGGAACUACUUCUCCUAAUAGCCCGUUGCCAACAAUUCGCACUGUAUCAUCUCAUCAAUCCAUGUCCACUGCUCGACAGGAGGUGCCAAUGCCAUUAUCUAAAGAACGCCCAUCCUCACCUUCAAAGAAACCAUCAUUUAUGCGCUCUGUUAUCGGAGCGCUCUCCAAUCGUGCUUCAUUGCGCCCACAGAAGAGCAAUAGUAAACUCUUUGUAAACGAUGCAUCUGAUCCUCCUAUAAAAAGCAUUACUAAAAACUUGAGUGCAGUUUCACUUAGUCAACAAACAAAUCAAUCUGCAAAUCAUACCCGUCGUCAUUCAGCUUCUUCUAUGGCUGAGCCUCCUGCCUUGCCUCACCAUCAUACCUUACCUUUACCACACAGCCCAUUUGCCCAACGAGGAAAUAGUCAUUCUGCAUCAUCUUUCACUAGUGUAAAUACAUCAAGUCAAUCCAGCUUAGCCUCAACUCCUUCUCUAAGCAGAGCAUCCAGUCCUGGUGGAUCAAUGACUCCUGUGCGACACCAACCAUCUUCUUCCUCUUCUUCUGAAGAUUUAGGUUCACCACCUAAAAACCCCGAUAUGCUUACACAAACAAAUGCUAUUAAAAGCGUCUUGUACAGCAAUGAUCAGUGUCAAGUUUUUCAUUGGAAAGAUGAAUCAUGGUACGCUGUUGACGAAGAAUGUUUGUUGGAAGUCUGUCAAACUUUCAGCAAUCGAUCAUGUAUCACCAUCCAUAUGAAAAACUCAAGACAAUUGUACCUAAACGCCUGGGUUCUCCCGGAUACUUUUAUCAUUCGUACCACAGAGACUGAUCUGAGUUUGUCACUUCAUAUUGCGAAUGGCAACCAGACAUCGGAUUUAGAAAACUAUCUUUUCCAUUGCCCAUCUAAAGCCGAGGCUGACAGAUUGACGGCGCUAUUAGAGCAAAUGCAUCGAGAAUCUGUCAAGGUCAAUAACAUCAUGAUGAACUCAGCAAAUGACACAUUACAUGAUGCUCCACCAGUUAUGCUAGAAAAAACACAAUCUGUUACAGAAGAAGAGAUUGCAAAGUCAUUCAAGCUAGUCAUGCAAUGCAAAUGCAAGCUUUAUGUUCAAAAUGCAAGCUCAAAAUGGGGCAGCUUUGGUAGUGUUUAUAUGAAGGUUUCACAAAAUUACAACACAAAAAGAAUGCAUGUUGCAAUGGAGUCGCACAAAGGUGGAAAAACAACCCAACUUGUCAGUGCAAUGAUCCAAAGUCGAAAUGUAGAAAGAUUAGGCCCAAAGCGUAUUACUUUCCUGCUAGUGGAUGAAAUCGAGAAGACCAGUGUUGUCUAUAUGAUCCAAGUGCGUGAGGAAAACACAGGUGAUAAGAUUAUUGAAUAUACUAAAACCAAAAAUGCUGAAAAUGGCUGGUAA